AUGGAAGGUCAACGAGAUGGUACGGCUGCGUCAACGGAGAACCAGCGAGUCUCCGAAACUCGAGAUGGCUACGGCACCGGUCCCGACGUUAGCAACUCCCACAGCUCCGAGUUUGAAAUCCUCUGCGGUCCUCUUCUCAACUAUCAGCGCAUGAGCGAGGAGGGUUCAGAAGUCUUCUGGCAUGGUUCCGUUCUCAUUGUUACAAAACUGGGUCAAAAGGUUCCGAGCCUUGAGUUGAAGUCAUUGGGAGCGUUGAAUCCAAGCGCCAAUGUCAAGUUCCCUCAGGCACAGCUCGUUGGAGGCCUGAAGCUAUUCUCAGAUCCGGACAAAACCUUUUGGCGAUUUAGUCUGCGGGUCCCCUUGGUUGAGGCGGAGGCAAAAUGGCAAUACUCCAUAGCCAACAUGCGGUUCCUCUCGGAUGUCAGCAAGGCAGCGUCAAGACAAUUUGUCGUUCCCUCCUCCACUGAAUCAAUGCGGAUAAUGUUUCAUUCUUGCAAUGGGUUCUCUGUGGGAACGGACGAGGACUUUUGGUCAGGUCCGGCAUUGUGGAACGACGUGUUGAGGACUCACCAACAACGUCCAUUCCAUGUCAUGAUUGGCGGAGGUGACCAAAUCUACAAUGAUAGCGUCCGGGUCAAGGGGCCAUUGAAAGAAUGGACGACGAUUUCCAAUCCCAGAAAGAGAAGAGAAUACCCCUUCGGCGAGGACCUCCGCGGUCGAUGCGACAAGUAUUACUUUGAGAACUACGUUCGAUGGUACAGCACCGAGCCUUUCGCGACGGCCAACUCUCAAAUUCCUCAGAUCAAUAUUUGGGAUGAUCACGACAUCAUCGAUGGAUUUGGCUCCUACACUGACCAUUUCAUGAGAUGUGCAGUGUUCCGUGGUCUUGGUGGGGUCAGCUUCAAGUACUAUUGUUUAUUCCAGCACCAUACAGCUCCGCCGGUGUCCACGUUUACGACAGACACACCGCGGACGAUGGAGGCCGGUGCAGAUGGGACUGCGGGUCCCGACCCUCGCCAGCUCAAGGACACCUAUGUAUACAAGAGACCGGCAGAUGAUCCCAGCUGGAUUGUCGGUAAGCGACCAGGUCCGUACGUAGAGGAAAAGUCGAGGAACCUUUACAUGCGCCUGGGCAAACGUAUUGCCUUUUGCGGGAUUGAUGCACGAACGGAACGAACGAGAAAACAGGUCAAUUACCCGGAUACGUAUGACUUGAUUUUCGAGAGGCUAGAAAAAGAGUUCAAGGCAGCACGUGGACAAAUCAGGCAUCUCAUCCUCCUUUUGGGUGUCCCCAUUGCCUACCCGCGAUUGGCAUGGCUGGAAAACAUUCUGACUUCGCCCCUAAUUGCCCCCGUGCGUUUGCUCAACAAGCGGUUUGGCUUCGCAGGAGGUUUCUUCAACUCGUUUGAUGGUUCGGUCGAUUUGUUGGAUGAUCUUGAUGACCACUACACGGCACGUCAUCACAAGACCGAGCGCAGAGAACUUAUCAUCCGUCUCCAAAAAUUCGCCGCUGCAUAUUCAGUCCGGGUGACUAUCCUUGGUGGCGACGUGCAUCUCGCCGCAUUAGGCCGUUUCUACUCCAAUCCGGCCAACAACGUGGAUCCACUGGAGGACCCACGCUACAUGGCCAACGUUGUUUCCUCGGCCAUUACGAACAAACCCCCUCCAAAGGCUGUGGCGAAUUUGUUGGCAAGACGCAACAAGAUUCAUCAUCUGAAAGACGGAAACACUGACGAGACUCUAUUGGACAUGUUCGAUAAACAGCCCGGCGGUCAAAUGAAGAGUGCGGAUUGGAAUCACUGCACCAUGCCUAGUCGAAACUAUGCCUGCAUUACGGAGAUUUCAGACAUUGAGGUUGGAGCAAAUGCGGAGCAGCCUACGAAUGGGAUCAAUGGCACCGCGCAUAUGAACACGACGGGGAAGGCCGGUAAAUCUCGUCCUGACACAAGUACCGAUGGGCAUAGUCCACUUCAUGUCGGUGAAGAAGGUGCUGGUACCCAGCAUCCCGCCGCAAAUGGUAUCAGUAGUGAAGGAGCUCUCAAAGGUGGCUUGAAUGUCGCUAUCAGAGUCGAGAUUAACAAUCGCGAUCGUGAGGGGCACACGGAAGGUUAUGGAAUGAGCAUCCCCAAACUUACAGUUGCUGCACCCAAGGCAGCGCCAACUGCUCCCGUUGCGGCCUAA